GGAAGAUCGUCGAUAUGGAUUUGGAAAAUAAAAUUUCUGCGCUAAAAGAUUUUGCAUCUUUUGGAUCUUCCUCGAAAGGGGGUCCAUCAUCAACGCGGAGUAAUCAAAGCCCUCAAAGUACGAACUCUUUCUCCCCACAAAAUGGUUGGGGAAAUUGGUUUGCAAAGGGAGAAAAAGACCCAUUUUUGCCGUCUUUGGUAAGUUUCUACAAAUCUAUGGGCAGAAUACGUGCCUUUCUGCGUCACACGUCAUAAAUUUGCUUACACUUCAAUAUUCUUCAGUUCCUUUUCGAUUUUUUUACGUAGAAUAUUGAGUAUUAAUAUUAUUGUGGCGGAACUAUGGAAGAAAGAAAUUGUAAUUGACUUUGCAGAUUUUUUAAUGCUUUACUUCCCUGCAUUUUAAAUGUAUUUACUAUGGUUCCUAUGUUUUGAGGAUGACCGCUUUCAAAUGGGGGAUUGACUGAUGCGUAAUAUGUAUAAAAUUUCCUAUAAAAAUAAGUAAAAUUAGAUUAAUUAAUUAAGUUGUAAUUGUAUUGUUUGGUAAUACAGUCGAACUAACGGCCACCUCUCUACAACGGGCACCUUUUUGGCAGAUAUUCCAUACAUUGGCUCUUGUUUAAACCCCUGCAAUGGCCACCUCUCUGCAACAGCCACUUUCUUUUGUCCCCAAGGUGGCCUUUGAGGAGAGGUUCAACUCAGGGUCAGAAAGGGAGUGUCUGAAUCUUGAAUCACGGGUUAAAUUUCCCUACAUUCAUGAAUCACGUUACCUUUUGGAGUCAUUUCAUGAAUCACAUGAUUAGGUGAUGAACUGACCAAGUCUAUCAAUGAUUCUUAGUGUUUGCUGGGCUACUCAGGCAAGAGAAUUGUUCUUAAAUGACCCUGUGAUCGAAAUGAAUCAAAAACUAUAUAUUUGGUGUUCAAACUGGUGAUCCUCUGCUUUUUGUUUAACGACUACAAAGUUGACUGGCAAUGAAUUUUAAUGCUAUAAAGUAUUAAAUCAAAGCUCUGUAAGUUUUCACUUUAAAAGGUUUUAACUUGGAACCCUUGUCACGACACUUACAUCUGUUUUAUUGGUAGAAAUCUCGAUUCACAGAGUACAAUGUUAGAGGAUCACGCAUCACAGUGAAUAUAUCAUUCCUGAAUCAUGACUUUAUUUCAUGAGUUUUCUCGAUUCACACUCUGUCACUGGUCAAUUCACGGAUCAUGCAAAACCUCUUCCAGACCCUUUCAACUGUACCAUGUAUGACCACGUAUUGAAAUGGGAAUACCAAAAUAAUGUUGUUGGAUGUGAACAGCCAACUGGCACCAAUUGUGCCAAUCUUAUUACUAUGAUACAGGAUUUGUGCCAAAGCAAUUCCAAAUGAUCUUGUGCCAUCCCCUUUUUUCUCCAUUUUUGACUAACCUAAAAUGUUAGCAUUUUCAAAUAAAAUGUUGUUAAAGCUUGUUCAAUUUUAGUUAAUUCUUUUUACACGAAAAGUGAGCACUGUAACAGCAUUUCCAGGUAUAGAAGUUUCAGUGGUGUAUCCUUUUUGCUUUUUACUGUGACAUCGUACAUCUUAUGUUCUGUCAAAGCAAAGAUGCUGGGGUUUCAGGGCUUCUAUUCUCUGACUUUAUGUGAUUUUUUUACCUUUUUUUUUGUCAUCUGACCAACCCACUCAUGCUGCUGUGUAAUUGUACAUGGGCAUGUUUGUUUACAUGUUGUUUGUGAUACUAACCACUUACACUGUCUUGGCUGCAGACUCGAACUCAAAGAAUCACAGGAUUUUUCAUGUGCUUGUUAAUGGGAAUUUUCUGUUUUGUCAUGGUAAGAGAAAGUAAUUUUUUAAUGGUCACUUGAUUUGAAUAACGUCAUUUCUGUUGCUCAAAUAUACUUUAUGCGAAACUUGGUCAUAACUGAUACAUCCUCAAAAACAAAAACAAUUCAUCCUUACAACAGGCUGAAAAUUCAGGCUGCUAACACAGCUGUUUUCCAUUAUUUCCAUUUAAUGCUGAAAAAUUUGGGUGUACAUUCUCUCUUUCUUUUUAAAUACUGCAAGUAGUUGUUCUCAUUAUAUUUGGAAAGAUUGUUGUGUGAUUACAUAUGCACAUAAAUUAUCAUGCACAUGUACAGUAUUUGCCAUAAAGAUUUGAUUCAAAUCUGGAGACAUACACUUAACAUAGAGAGUUGUUACGUAUAUACAGUGAUCAGUAGAAUUUGAGUAUCUGGCAAAGUGGAAGUUGGGCCAGUGUCUUCACACUUUCUUAAACUGCCUUUUCUAGGCUGGCUUUAUAGCACCUUUCAUGCUGUUAAAGGCCCGGAAGUUUGUGCUUCUUUACACAAUGGGAAGUUUGUUUACAAUAGGAAGGUAAAGUGAAUGUGUAAAUACAAUAAAUAUUAUUUAUUAUUAAUAAGUCAACACACUUAUACUCAUAAAAUGUGGAUGAUAUAAAAAAAGGUACUGGUUACUUCUAUGACCAUUCAACUAACAAUAAAUAAAUAAAUAAUAAAAUAACAGCACACAUAAAGCCCUUUUUAUUGAAAGUAGUCUGUUCUUAAGAGUACAAAGUAACAUUUUACAUUGAAAACUCCAGUGAGGUCUGCUGGGGACAUAAAACAAAAAAAACCGAGGGCAUGGACAAUUUCAGGAAUAUCAGGAAAUUUUAAAUAAUCUUUCCCCAAUGCAAUAAACAAUUAACUAACUGUGUUUUCCUAUUGUUGAGUGCUCAGCAUUAUAAUAUUAUUAUUGACAAGUGUGUUAUUUUUUAAUUCAUUAUUGCAUUCAGCAGUGCAAUCCAUGUUUUCCAGGGUUUGUACAGGUGAUGGAAAACCUGGAAAGGCAUGUAAUUUAAGAAUUUCAUCUUCCAGUCCUGGAAAGUCAUGGAAUUUAAUUGUCGGUCCUUGAAAGUCGUGGAAAAUUAGAGUUUUGUUUGGUAGUGUAGUUCCUGCAGAUGACAAAGCAAGGACUAUGUAAGAUAAAGAGGAUUAAUAAAAUUAAUUAUUCAGCGCAAACGGCACACAUUGUGGUGGACACCAGAGUUUCUGUCUGUUGAACUGCUUAAAUCAAAAAAUACCCCCAGACUAGAAAAAUUGUGAAAGUUUUUGAAAGUGACAACUAAACCUAAGGUCAUGGAAUACUUGAAAAGGUCAUGGAAAAAGUCAUGGAAAGUCAUGGAAUUUGAAGAGCUUAAAAGAGUAUGAACCCUGUUUUUGUAUCAAUUAUACCAUGAAUUUCUGUCUGUUCUCUUCCAGUUUUUCAUUUCUUUGGGGACCAGUCAAUCAUGCAAAACAUUUAUGUUCAUUUGGAAGGCUUCCUUUUACAGCUGCAUACUUUGGUUCAAUGUUUGCUACACUCUACAUGGCCAUGAUUGUAAGUGUAUUUAUUUUUCCAAGAAUACUGUUGCUGGCUGCUUAUUAACAAUAAAUUGUAUGUGAUGUUGUCAAUCUAACCUAAUUGUCAUUGACCACAUUUCUUAGUAUGUUUAAUAGCACUUGGAAGAAGGCUGUUGCUCCCCCCCCCCACCCCCCUCCCUUCAUUUCCCUACUAUCUUCCACUGUUUAAUCAGUUUUAUGGGGCUUGUCCUCUUUGUUGGAUAAUAGCUUUUGUCUGGCUAGUCAGGAAUUGCCAGUCAGCAUUCUCUAUCAAACAGCCCAGUCAAAAUAUUUUACAAUAAUAGGCAGGAUAACCAAAGUAGCAGGUGGCAAAGACCUAAACUUAAUUGUGCUCUGGUUUUUAUUUAAUAUUACUUACCUAUUUGUUGAGUAGGUGGAAAAUAUUUCUCUGAAGAUGGAAAAAAUGCUUGCUAUCAGCUCAUUUUGACUGGGCUAAUCUGUAUGAGCUGCCUGCCAGCAGUAGCAGUUCCUGGAUUUAAGGCACCCAUCCUUCAUUUAAAUACCCUGCGAGUAGAGGCCCUUUGAUCUACCUAGAUAAGUCAGGAAGUUGCGAUUUAUGUAGGAAGAUCGAAGGGCGUCUGCUCACAGGAUAUCAUUUAAAGUAAUGCAGUUGUUAAUCUGGAAAUUUAGGAUCCUGAAGCUACAUGUAUGACUGAUAUUUGGUUCAUUCUUAUUCUAUUAAGGUAAAAAGCACAGUUCUGACAGCAGUUUGUGCUGUAGUACAGAUUCUAGCUCUUAUAUGGUGAGUUUAAAUUCUUUAAGUCUUUAAAUUACUUGUUUACCCAUAUCUAAUACUAACUUCAGCUGUAACACUGAGAUAUUUUGUAACUAAGGUGGUAAAAACCCCAUCAUUUAGCAGAUUAAUGCCCCCAUUUUAUAUGAACAUUCAGGGGUAAUUCAAGCUUAGUUUAGAGAACAUUCACCUUUAAGAUGAUGGGGAUCUCAUGGUUGAUGAGUUGUCCACAGUGCCUUUAUUUGUCACUGUAUACCUUGUUUUUACUAGGUACUUUGUCAGCUAUAUUCCUGGUGGUUCUACGGGCAUGAAGUUUUUCACCAAGCUGUUCUCAUCUGCCGUGACCAAGACCGUUUCCAGCACUCUCCCUGUGUAACAGUGAACUAUUCCUGGUGUUGAAUGUCUUAAGGGCACUUGAUGUUUUCUAGAUCAUCAGUAAAGCUUCAAAGUGCGAGAUGUCAUAGUAUUUUACUGAACAGGCUAUUCCAAUCCAGCACGUGGUUCCUAGAAUAUGCAGUUGGUGUAGUUGGGUUGUGUCCAGCUUUGGUAAUUUCUAACCAGCAGUACAAGGGCUUGGAAAGAGAGCUCCAGUAUAUCCUUGAAAGGAAUUUAUGGUCAACAUCUGGUGAAGUGAUACGUGCUUUCAUUUUUGUGUACUUAACAACCGGACAUGCUGUCUAGCACUAUUUACAUCUACUGGCAAGGAACAACCAGAUUGGUCCAUCUACAAUGCCUCGGUUUGAACUCUAAUCAAAUUUAGAUUCUACCAUAUUACCAGAUUACAUAAAAAUGUGGACAUUUCUUGGAAAAUAUAAUGCGUCCAGAAAAUGACUCUGCUUGUCAAACCAGUAGACCGGAAGAUGAAGACAUAGUACUCUAACAUUUUAUUUUAAUAUAAAUUAAAUUUAGGAACUGAGAAAUAUAUGAUAUUUAUUACAUUCAUACGUUUUAAAGCUGCAUAUGGUUUUAGAUAGCCAAGUAAGUUUACAUUCAACC